AUAAACGAAGACAUCGAGCGAUCGAGAUUUGGAGCAAUAAAGUUUGGUGGAAACUCUGUUCAAAUAAAACCAAACCGAACACAAUUUAUAGGCAGUAUGUCCAGCCAAAACCGGGUUUAAACUGAUUUAAAGAAAUCUAUGAAAACUAAUUGCAGUAUUGAGCAACUAACUGCCGCUGGCACUGUCUGAAAGUUUUGGUGAAUGCUGCUGGUGGUCUGUGUUUGAAUAGCAAGCUAACCUAAGGGUUAUCCUACAUUACUGGAUGACCCUGAACUUUAUCCCAUUUCUGGAUGAGGUUGCUUAACGCAGGGAUGUCCCGGCUUCUUCUGCGGCUCUUGGCCAGUCAACUUACUCGCAGUGAGGCAAAGCUGCAGUGGUUUCGUUCAGUACCAAACCGUUCCAUCAUCGACCUCUCCUACUCAACACAUUUCAUGGACUUCAAACGCUCAUCCAUACCGAGCUCCAUGAAGAAGCUGGUAGCAACGAAACUGAGCCAGAAUUUUAGGGAGGCAGUUUCUCUUCAAACAGCUCCAGUACCGACACCGGGCGAUGGAGAUUUGCUUAUUCGAAACCGGUACGUUGGCAUAAAUGCAUCUGAUAUAAAUUAUUCAGCCGGAAGAUAUGACCGCUCCAUGACUCCUCCCUUUGAUGUUGGAUUUGAGGGUGUGGGGGAGGUGGUAGGUUUGGGUCUGAGUGCCAGUUCCAGAUUCACUGUAGGCGACACUGUGGCAUAUAUGAGAGCUGGAGCUUUCGCAGAGUAUACAGUCAUUUCUGCAAAAACUGCUAUUCCAGUUCCAUCUGCCCAGCCUGAGCUGUUAGCGUUGUUGGUUAGUGGAGCGACAGCCCAUAUCGCUCUCCACCAAUUAGGGGAGCUUAAACAGGGAGAAACGGUGCUGGUCACCGCCGCAGCUGGAGGAACUGGGCAGUUCGCCAUUCAGUUUGCUAAAAUGGCCAGCUGCCAUGUGGUGGGUACAUGUUCUUCAGAUGAAAAAGUGGAAUUCCUGAAGACUAUUGGCUGUGACAGACCAAUCAACUACAAGGCGGAAGAUUUAGCUGCUACGCUACGCAGGGAGUACCCUUUGGGUGUGGAUGUAGUGUACGAGUCAGUAGGGGGCAGUGUUUUUGACCUUGCAGUGAACAAUCUGGCCACUAGGGGCAGACUACUGGUUAUCGGCUUUAUCUCUGGCUAUCAGAGCGCGUCCGGCCUGCAGCCAGUGAGGGGCAGCACUAUCCCCGCCAAACUGCUGCAAAAAUCUGCCAGCAUACGCAGCUUCUUCCUGCAUCACUUUCUGCCGGACUACAGUGAGUCACUGAGGAGCAUGCUGGAGCUGCUGACUGCAGGCAGGCUGGUGUGUAAGGUGGAUGCUGGUGAGCGAGAUGUGGGCGGACGCUUCGUGGGACUGGAGUCUGUCUACAGAGCUGUGGAGUACAUGUACGCAGGAAAUAACCUGGGCAAAGUGGUGGUGGAGCUGGAGCCACAAAAUGACAGCAAACUGUAAUCAAACUAUAAUCAAACCAAUCAAAAGAUCCUGAAAAUGCCUUAAUAGCUAAAAUCAGUAAAUCUAGUCCUAUUUUCAAUGACUAUCUUUUCCAUGUGUCAUAUCUGAAUGCUGCAGAGUUAUUGUUACUAUUAACAUAAAUAUGUAUUUUUUUUUUCUUAAAAAAACCUUAGUUCUGAAUAUACAGUUAUUUAGCAAAAAUCACCUGUAUACUGACAGUACUGUUCUCUGUUUACAUCCUGUAAUCCACAUUUCAUUUUUUGUGUUGACAAUUAGAAAAUAAGGCAGCAUUUAAAUCUAAUGACCUGAAGGCAACAUCAAUAAAUCAAGUUCUGUUUUUUGAUUAGCGGGUGAGUAAAACAUAAGAUGUGGCCUGUGCAUAAAUUAAGGUACAUUUUAUAUUAUAUGUUUUAUUUAACUAUUUACUUACAACCCUAUUUCCAAAAAAGUUGGGAUGCAGGGCGAAAUGUAAAUAAAAAUGAAAUGCAAUAAUAUGCAAAUCAUGUAAAACCUAUAUUUAAUUGAAAAUAGUACAAAGGCAACAAAUGAAAUGUUGAAACUGAGAAAUUUUAUUUUAAUUUUAUUUUAAAUUUUAGCACCCAGACUCUUUUACUACGGAGUGAGGGAGGGUCGGCGCGCGAGUCCCGAGCCCCGCCUCCUGGGCGCCGCCUCCGGUGCCGCAGUGAGGCCGCUUUAAUUAGCCUCACGUUCGAUCUGUGCGGACCAGCUGCGAGAGGGGGGCGCGGUAACGAGGAGGCGGAGCAACGAGCUCUCGUUCCCUCUGGGCUCGGGUGCGCGAGCGCCUUUUAAAAAUAGCAAAGAGGGAACAGAGAGAGCGAGAGAAGAGCUGAAAGUGGCCAGUGUUUCUUUGGUUUUGUUUGGUUGUGUUUAUUUGGUGUGUAAAUAAAGUGAAUGGCUGCUGCAAACGUGAA